AUGGAGAACAAUACUGCUGGUGAAGUCCCCCUAGAGCAGCUGACUCCCAGGGAGACACGAGCAGAGCUUGUGAAAGGGCUGCAAGACACCGCCGCAGUUGCAAUCGACCAACUGCAGCGGUCGUCCGAAAUGACCCAGGCCUGGACCUUGCCGGCCAGGGUAUUCCCGCAGUCCAUCCUCACAAUGGCUGCUUGUCUUGCUUCGGGAUCGGAUGUCGAAGUGCGAAGUACUCAGCUUGAUAUCAAGAUUCCAGGACUUGAUGACCCCCAAUCUUCCCUGAAUGCCUUACUUAACUACUGCUCCGCCCUGGGGAGGGAGGCCUUUGAACAAUCCGAGAAGGGCAUGCUGAGUCUCGACUCUGUUGCAGCUUCUGCUCAUCAAAAGAUCGAGCAUAUAAUGCAGCUAGUUGGUCGUCCCGAGCGAGACGCCAUACUGCAAGCAGAACUCACCAGUUUCCAGGCCCUGGGCACAAGGCUAGGUGCAAAGAUAGGUGAAAUGGACGAGGCAUUUGCGGUGUGGACUACAUUUACCAACGACCUAAUCCGGAAGCUCGACAAGAAGCUGGGGCCUGUCCCCGAAGCAGAAACAUCCGAGGUACAGCUUAGCGUGCUGCAGGAUGCGUAUGUCAGGUCAGAGGAACGGCUAAAGCAAAUCCAGGCCGAGUCCGAUCAGCAGAACUCAUAUCUGGUCGAUCUGCUGCGCCGUGAAGUCCCCAAGGCAUGUUCGCAGGAAGAGAUGAUGGUGAAGCUUCGGGAAAUAGUUUCGCAGGAGGAUGAUGGUAGGCUCUACCUCGGUAUACCUAGGUUUCUAUUUACUAAUGACUAUGCAGCAUGGCCCGGUUUGGUAACCGCUGCUGAUGCUGAACGCGAGCAAGCAGCCGUGUCAGAGCAGAUUCAAGCCUUGGGUAAAAGUCUCCAGAGCAUCGAACGGGACCUCGAAGCCGCGAAGCAAGAUCGCGAGUAUGCGUCCGAGCGGCUGAUAAUGGCAUCACGCAGUAGCUCAAAGAGGAAUCUGGAGUUGCUGGCAGAUAGCAAGCUUGACCUGAAAACCAUCUCCCAGAUCCUUACAAGUUCAGCGCAGGAGCUCAAAUGCCUUCGACAUCACAUUUCCAAUCUGAAAACAUUCUUCACUGAUCUUUCGAAAGUGGUGGAAAACACUGUUGACAGCUACGAGAGCUUUCACCUCAGUGCUCGAUUGGAGCUGCCGAAUCAUCCCAACGAGGCCGCGAAAUUCACCAAAGAGGACAAGACCCUUCAGGACUGGUGCGCCCAGGCGACUGAUGAGAUCGAAGAGCUGGCUCGUAAGGGUGCUGAAAAUGUACCUCUUGAUAUUGAGAACAGUCUCAAGGAGUCCCUGAAUACUGCCAUGAACAGAUAUCAGUUUUGGGCUGGAGACUGGGGCAGGAAAUUCUGGUUUACUGAUACUUUUCACCCGAUCCAACCUCGGGACAGAAUACAGCUCGUGUACAUGGACUUAACAGCAGAUAAAUUGAAAUUGUACACCGGGACACAAUGUGACAAUUGA